AUGAAGGAAACAAUAGCAGAAUAUGGUGCGAAGCUAGAAAAGCUGUCUUUUAAGUUGUUGGAGUUAAUUUCAUUGAGCUUAGGCUUACCUGGUGACAAAUUCUUUGACUGCUUCGAGAAUCAAUUAAGCCUUGUGAGACUCAAUUACUAUCCUCCAUGCCCUUCUCCUGAUUUGGCACUUGGAAUUGGUCCUCACAAGGAUCCUUGUGUUUUGACUAUUGUUGCACAAGAUGAUACUGGAGGUUUACAAGUUAAGAACAAUUCUGUUGGCGGUUGGGUUCCUAUUGAACCUAUUCCUGGUGCAUUGGUUGUUAACGUGGGUGAUGUUUUUCAGGUUUGGAGCAAUGACAAGUAUGACAGUGCAAUACACAGGGCUACAGUAAACUCACAAAAAGAAAGAUAUUCGUAUCCAUUCUUCUUUUUUCCAGGUCACGAUAUUAUGGUGCAGCCUGCAGAAGAGCUAGUGAGUGAGAAAGAUCCUGCAAAAUACAAACCAUACAAUUUUGGAAAAUAUUACUCUAAUAGAACCCGUCAUGAUUUCAACAAAGAAAAGGUUGCGGGUAAAGAGAUUCAUGACUUCAAGAUUUCAGAUUAG